GGGCUGUUUCUGCCAUCUUUCUCUCUCUCUUUAGUACCUGCUGCACUACUUGCUCAUCCUGAGGCGGUGGAUGAACCGGCAUACGUGGGAGAGGACGCCGGUGGCGGUGACGGCCUGGGCUCUGCUGAGGGACAGUUACCACGGCAACCUCUGCCUGCGCCACAAACCCCAGCACAUUGCCGUGGCCGUUCUCUACUUUGCUCUGCACUGCUACGGGCUGGAGGUGCCCGGGGAGGCCGUCGGCAAGAGGCUGUGGUGGGAGGUCCUCAGCGACGGAAUCUCCCGGGACAUCAUCCACGGCAUCAUCACCGAGAUCGUGGACAUCUACGAGAUGGACGCCAAGCUCUGAGGGAGGGGGCAUUCGGAGAGCAGGGCGCUCCCACCCUUGUGCCUCCGGGCUCAGAGGCAGAAUUCCUGACACCCUCCCCCCGAGUGACGGUUCCGGAGACUGAGUGACGGACACUGGAGAGGGUGGGGGUGCAUCCUGGGGCAUAGGGGAGCAGUGUUGCCCAGUUACCACCUCUGUGGCAUGUGGACAGGGUGCAUGUGUGUGUCUGUUUCUGACUGUGUGUGAGGGCGCGUUUGUGGCUGCGUGUGUGUGCAGGGAGGGGGUGGCCAUGUGUUUGUAAUAUGAUUAAAUCUCUUCAUGG